ACUAGUACGCGCUAAAAACGAAUGGUUGAACUCUAAAAGACUUUAUCUGUUUCGAACUCGUAGGUUUUCCGUUAAGUAACAACGAGAGCCUCAGAUAAAGCUCACGAUGGUAGACGAUGAUGGCACGCUAGACGUCGUUCUGGUGACCCAGUUACCUCCGGACUCCUGGUGCGAAGGAUUCGCAAUCCGCCCAAACAAUCAUGUCUUGGCCGCACGGCUUGACGCGCCAGUGGUUUACGAGAUAGAUCCAGAAGAUCCAGAGGCACAACCUCAAACAGUAUUUGAGUUCCCAGGCGUCGCAGCGGCUCUCAACUUAGCGCCUAUCCCUGGGCGGCCAGACCAGUAUAGUGUCAUCACUUCAGAAGUCAGCGACCUCACAUCGACUAGGUGGGAGGGGUUCGCAGUAUGGCAUUUGGAUCUCAACACGGGUGGCGAGCCUAAAGCCACGAAGAAGGGCGAGGUGAAAGACAUCAUUCUCGUUCUUGGGCUCUGUCCGGUGACAGAGAAGUUUAUUCUCGUAGCGGAUUCCGCACAGAGUUGUAUUCAGGUAUUGGACGUAACGACGGGCAAGAGCUCAGUACUGCUGUCCGACAAGCAAUCGAUGGACCCCGAAGGCGAGGAUGCUUUCUUCGGUGUCAACCGGAUGUGCAUCGUGGGCAAAUACAUCUGGUACUCAAAUUACAGCGCUGGCACGAUCCACCGGGUGCCUUUUGAGUUGGAUAAUUCCAAUGCUCACGCGCCAGUACGCAUUACCGGCUCCGUUGAACGAAUAGUGGACGAUCUUGGGCAUUGUGAUGGGUUCCAAGUAAAACCAGACGGAAGUGCUGCAUAUACUCUGAACUGGAAUACCGGAAGCUUAGUUCGAAGCGAUCUUACGAAGGCUUUGAGUGGGAGCGCAGCAUCGGAGCCGGUCUUAAGCAUGCUCGUCAACCCUACCUGCGUUGAACUAGGCCCAGAGAUCAAUGGCAAACAGAAGCUUUUCGUCGUAUGUUGCGGUGAGAUCGAUGUCGGUUGGAUCAACGACACCCCCACUUGGAAGGAUAUCGCCAAUGGUAUUGAUGCGACAGUCGAGAUAGAGGUACACUCCGACCGAGGUUCAGUGAUAAGUCGAACGUCUCAGCCAGUCUAGUGCGAAUAGAGUAUUGUGGGAUAAAGGAUCGUCACGUGGUUGUGCCAGGUUCCUUUUCUCUUUUCCUUUUUGCGCUUGGUUGGGUGGAAUGGCAUGAUGUCAGACAUGUAGAAUCAGUUAUGAACUUGAU